AUGUGGUCCGGAUGGCACAGUUGGUUGGAGAAGCAGCGGCAAAGAUGCAGCAACAGGAUGCCAUGGAACAGUUCUGCCGUACAACCGAUGAAGGCAGCUUCAGCCGAAUUUACAUUUGCUGGUCAAACAUACUCAAUGCCAGGAAAGCGUCACCAAAGCUUACCAAGACGACUGUUGGGUAGUUUAAAACCGGAAAGAGUCGAGACUGAACAAUCGGAGCAAAGGUUUUUGAAGCAAUUGCUGAAAGAACAUGGUUUGUAUGAUAAACAUCAAACGAUACAGCAACGGCGCCGACUGAGACAUCUUUUAGAACUGGAGCAACGUGCGACAAAUAAUGAUGCUUCGGCGGUGCAAGCAGACACAAAUCGUCCGAAAUCUUUACCAAUUACUGCUGAAAUUGAAUCAGAACCACUUCGACGAGGUUUCUCACUAUCCGCACUCGCAACCCCAACCGAUGAAAACACUUGCCUACAGAAAGGAACCUCUUCCAUGCCGACUUUUAUCCAGAAAAUGGAGCAUACGCCGAAGCCCGAAAGUUCCAAAAUUAUCUCCGCGAUUCAAGGAGACAAAGCCAAUUAG